CGCAACAUCGAAGCCUGAGCUACUUUUGCCACAUCCAAAACCAACACAUCUCACCAUGAACUUUUAUAAGAUCUUCGUCUUUGUCGCUCUUAUUCUGGCCAUCAGCCUGGGACAAUCGGAGGCUGGCUGGCUAAAGAAAAUUGGAAAGAAAAUCGAACGCGUUGGUCAGCACACUAGGGAUGCCACAAUCCAGGGUCUGGGAAUUGCCCAACAGGCAGCCAAUGUUGCAGCAACUGCUCGCGGAUGAAGACGAUAAUAACCUAUUGAUAUAUAUUUAAGUCUUAUUUAUUGAUUAAUCAUAAUAAAGAAAACUUUAUGAAAAUGCUACCUUAUAUUAUUUAAAAAUAAAUUAAAUAAAGCACAUUCAAUUCCAAACACAA